GCACCGCGCGGAGCAGCGCGGGUCGGCGUGGGGUCAACGGGUCAGGCGCGCGGCGGUUCCGGCCCGGGCGGGCGCAGGGGUCCUGCCGUGAGCCCUGCGCCGCCUGAUGGGCGGGACCGAGUUGAGCGAAGGCGUGGUGACCCCCGUCUGGCUGGGGAAGCGAAUCCCCGGCGGCGCCAAGCGGGAGUGAAGCAGUGGGGGCGCCCUGCGCUCCGCAGGCGGUGUUGGAGGCUUUGCGGGCUGGGGUCCCAGGACGGGGGACCGGGUCAGGUCGCCUGGCGCGGGGGUGGGGAGGCUGGGCGUCCCCGGGUCCUGGACUCUGCUCCUGGACUCAGCUCCUGGCACCCUGGCAGGAUGUACACGCUGCUGUCGGGGCUGUACAAGUACGUGUUCCAGAAGGACGAGUACUGCAUCCUGAUCCUGGGCCUGGACAAUGCCGGGAAGACGACCUUCCUGGAGCAAUCAAAAACCCGGUUUAGCAAGAACUACAAGGGGAUGAGUCUCUCCAAAAUCACCACCACCGUGGGUCUGAACAUCGGCACUGUGGACGUGGGGAAGGCUCGACUCAUGUUCUGGGACUUGGGGGGGCAGGAGGAGCUGCAGUCUCUGUGGGACAAGUACUAUGCUGAGUGCCACGGUGUCAUCUAUGUCAUCGAUUCUACAGACGAGGAGAGACUGUCAGAGUCCAAGCAAGCUUUCGAGAAGAUGGUCACGAGCGAGGCUCUGGACGGUGUCCCCAUCCUGGUGCUGGCCAACAAGCAGGAUGUUGAGACUUGCCUCUCCAUUCCGGAUAUCAAGACUGCGUUCAGUGACUGCACCUCCAAGAUCGGCCGGCGGGACUGCCUGACGCAGGCCUGCUCAGCCCUCACAGGCAAAGGGGUGCGCGAGGGCAUCGAGUGGAUGGUGAAGUGCGUCGUGCGGAAUGUGCACCGGCCGCCUCGGCAGAGGGACAUCACGUAGGUGCAGCCAGCACUGGGCGCGUACAGCGGGGCCUGAGCCAGAGGAGCACACCUGCAGCUGGGGCCGCCGGUCCUGGGGCCGGGCUGGCUUUGCCUUGGGAUUUUUUUCUUUGCUUUGUUUUUUCUCUAAGACAGACUUUUGUGUCCUGAAAAGUGUAGGCGCCCGGAGGCUUCUGCCAGGGGAGUGGGGGCAGCAGGGCCCACUCAAGGCCCGGUUUUCGGCCCAGUGGGUGCCCUUUGGAGCUGCUCGCCCCAGCCUGGCCUGGGCGGGCUUCAGGAAUCCUGGGCAGAGGUGGCGUUUUCCAACCACAGCAUGCCCACGAAGGAGGCUGGGGGGCCCUGCUGGCCUCGGCCCCUGCCUCCUCCGAUCAUGGAGGUGGGCUGGGAGCUGGUGUCACCUUGAAGGAAGUCUAACCCACAUCCCCGAAGGCCAGCAGGUCCUGGGAUCUGAUGCCGCCUCAGGACUGGGCUAGGUGCGAUCUGACUAGCCAUUGUGGACCCUGCCGCCGCCACCACCACUGGCCCAACGUCAGGGAGCGGCAAGCUGGGAGCGGGAGGCCCCUAGCACACCUGCCACCACCUGGGACAGCCACGGUUGCCAGUUCAGGGAUGCCUCAGGGGGGCUGGGUGACCUGGACGUGGGGAUGUUGGGUGGUGGGCUGGGUCCCUGUGUUGCCCGGUGGGUGGUGUGCUGGGCCUGUGCUCCCAGCUGAGCGUGAGGGGUGUAUCCCCUUCCACGCCUGUGCCCAGCAGCACAGGCCCUCCAGGCAAGGCUGGUCCUGGGGCCCCGGUGGGAGCUGGUGACCAGUGGCCUGUGCAGAGAAUAAAGACAGUCUGCGUGGCUCCUGUGCACCCUUA